GCGGGUAUGGGGAAUCCCUCACGGAAGUCGCCAUGACGGACAGCCUUCCCAAACAUUACAUGUGACACCCUAUCCAACACCAGAAUGGGGUCUGGAGGGAGCAAGACAUCGGCCCCUAAAAAGGCCGAGGACAACAGAGUUCAAUCGAAUGGAUCGUCAAAGCCUGUACAAAACAACAAAACGUCGUUACCUAAACCUGAAACCAAAACAACUUCAAUCAAUAUCUCCUCGAACCCCGACUCUAAAACAAAAUAUGACUCCAAAACGUCUCAGAACAGCGCCUCGUCCAAAACCGACCCCCCAAGAAAUGAAAACAGCAAACCGGGAGACACGUCAGAGACAGCGGGAGCUAAAACUAAAGCAACGCUUGUAAAAUCGAAAAGUAAGCAGAGAUUCCAGAUGGGUGUGAAUAAGACUAUGAUGAAAAUUACGAAGGAGAAAACCAUGCCGCGGAUUAACCUCAACAAGACUGCAACGAGUCCUAUACUGAAUGGUGACGUCAGCGUGCAGGUGCCAUCCACAAGUAAAAUCGUACGGAUAUUUACCAGUAGUACAUUCACAGACACUAUGCACGAGAGAAACACAUGGAUGCGGGAAGCGUAUCCCCAGCUGCGUUCAUACUGCCAGACCCGGGGAUAUGAGUUCCAGGUAGUUGACAUGAGAUGGGGAAUCCGGGACGAUGCGGCCGACGAUCACACGACAUUUGAUCUUUGUAUGACUGAACUACGACUUUGUCAACAACUUUCAACAGGACCGAACUUCAUUUCAUUACUCGCCAACAAGUACGGCUAUCGUAGUCCUCCACGGACUAUUUCUGUGGACGAGUUCCAGGUUCUCUCGGCAGGAGUGAAAAACGAGGAAAUCAAAACUCUUAUUACCAAGUGGUAUCUCCGUGAUGAUAAUGCUGUGCCCCCAGAGUACGUGUUACAGCCCAUCAGCAAAUACAUACCUAACCGACUUAGUCAUGACAAAGACCUACAGAGUGCGGCAAAGGAUGAAUGGAACGAUGACGAAUGUGACAUGCAGGACGCUUUGGAAGAGUCAGCCCGAGCCAAUCUCCCUAAAGAACAGGCGGAGAAAUACUACGUAUCUAUUACAGAGAAGGAGAUACAGAAAGGUUUGCUAGACGUGGCUAACCCUGGCCCGCAUUGCCUAUGGUUCUGGCGUAACAUCGAUGGAAUUGAUGAACUGGACGGCAGCAAGCACAAAGUGUUAAGGAGAUAUAUAGACCUGAGUGGAGAGGAGGAGUACUGGAAGGAAUCCCGUAGACUGCUCCGUAUCCUCGAGGACGAAAAGAUGAAGCAUCAUCUCCCAUCCGAAAAUGUACACCAGAAUACCGUCAGCUGGACUGAAAAAGGUAUCGAUCCCGACAACGCUGAACACAAGCAGUAUCUGAAGACUAUGACAGAUACCUUCAUUAAAGAGAUGAUCGAAUUAAUAGAACGUGGGAUAAAACAACGGUCCGACAGGGAAUUGAGCGAUCCAGUAAUGCUUGAAUGCUGUCAGCACAUUCGUUUCUGUCAGCAGAAGUGCGAGAAUUUCUGUGGAAGAGUGGCGUCCUUAGAAAAAAUCAAGACGUACAUCACAUCUGAAAGCACAACGAAACCACUUAUUAUCCACGGGGCCUCUGGGUGUGGUAAAACGUCCUUAAUGGCCAUGGCAGCCAAGCUUGUUCCUUCGUGGAUGUCCAAAACACAACCAGCAGUCGUCCUAAGGUUUAUCGGAACAACGCCUGACAGUUCCAAUAUAAACGGUCUGCUCAUCUCUAUCAUCAAUCAGAUAAAGACUAUCUACAACCAGGCUUCACAUAAUCCAGAGAGCCUUCAGGAACUAUCAAAGGAACUGGAAUAUGUACUGAAUUUUGCCAAACCCGCGAAACCUCUUAUUGUUCUUCUGGAUUCCUUAGAUCAGAUCGACAUCUCCUACAAUGCCAGGAGUCUUUUCUGGUUACCACGGACCAUCAAGAAAUAUGUCAAAGUGAUAGUAUCGACACUCGAGGAUGAGGAGUUCGAAUGCUUUCCUAAGCUUAAGGCUAUGUUCAAAGAUGAAGAGGACUUUUGGCUUGUGCCAGAGCUGAAAGCCACCGAUGCCGAAGGUAUUAUUCAGCAAUGGCUUAAAUCCCGAAACAGGACACUCACCUCGCCACAGCUAGAGAUACUCAACAAAAGUGUCUACCACUGCCCACUUCCACUGUUUCUUAAACUGUCGUUUGAAAAUGCUCAGGGAUGGCACUCGUACUGGGACAAAAGCGAAACUGUUCUACAGAAGACAAUUAGGAGUAGCAUCGAUAAUCUCUUUACUAAACUGGAGACAAAACACGGGGAAAUAUUCGUAUCAAGAACCCUAGGUUACUUGACAGCUUCGAAGAACGGUCUGUCGGAGUCGGAGUUAGAAGACGUGUUGUCAUGCGAUGAGGACGUACUCAAUGACGUAUAUCAGUUUUGGGUUCCUCCUGUCAGGCGGUUACCUCCCCUGCUAUUGGUCCGGCUUAAAGCGGAAAUACAACAGUAUAUAGUUGAGAGAGGGUCCGAUGGAAUACGUGUGUUGUAUUGGUACCACCGACAGUUUAUAGAGGCUGCUAGAGCCAGGUACUGUAAGGCAAGCGUGAGCGUCAUGAUCAACAAAGGUCUAGCAGACUUCUUCGACGGGAAAUGGGCCGACGGAAAGAAAAAGCCAUACGUGGACAAGAAAAAAAAGUCUGGAGAGAGUGACCGACACGUUUCAAGUCAACCACUUAUCCAUGGAAACUCGUAUAAUCAGCGCAGACUGAAUAAUUCUCCCUACCAUAGGACUAAGGUCGACGUCCUGGAACUCAAAAAAGAAUGUCUUAUGAACUACGAAUUUUUACAGGCAAAAGUUGUGGCUUCUUCAGUAAGACCCAUCCUUGAUGAUUUCGCCUUUGCACGGAAAUUGUAUCCAAAAGACCGUGACCUGGAGAGUGUAGGAGCAGCAAUUGAGAUGUCCCAGGGGGCACUGCUAUAUGACCCAUUUCAGCUAGCUCCACAGCUCCUGGAUAGAUUGGCAGGAGAACAGCUCUCCAUAGACCUUCUGCGACAGUGUGGGAGUUGUAGUGUGCCUUUCCUCGUCCCAGACCAGGAAGUCCUUAUGAAGCCAGGUGGCCAACUGAUCUAUUGUCUGAGCGGACAUCAGGGCCCUGUCCUAUCAGUGGACAUCAGACAAGAUGGAAAAGUUGCCGUAUCUUGUUCUGAUGACGACGAAGAUUCUGUUAAAACUUGGGAUUUAAUAGAUGGAAAACUUCUCAAGUCGUAUGAUGGUAUCAAGCUGAAUCCUUGUCAGGUCCGUUAUGUAUGCAAUGACAAGUAUGUCCUCGUAGAUUAUGCCGACGAUUACAUCGCGUUACAAGAGUCGGGCGAGGUUGCCUUCUCCAUAGAUAACAUUGGCGGUCAGUCCGCGGUCGGAGGCAAGAAUAAAACACUACUGGCCACCUUCUGUGAUAAUACUGUUGAUGUUUACAAAAUGGAAAAUGGCGAAUGUGUGACAACGGUGGAGAUUUCAGAAUCUAAGCUGAUGUUUUGUUUGGACAUGCCAAGCGCAAUUGCAGCCUCUGAAAACUACGUGGUCCUGACUGACAGUGACCAGCAUUUCUUCACUGUAUACAACUUCCCGAAGCGAUCCCUCAGUAACUGGGUACAGGUGUUCAGUACUGAACGGAUUUCCGGUCAACCGGAUCUCACCAUAGACGCAAUAGUAAUCAUACCGGACGAGAACAGAUUCAUUCUCUCUAACGUUCGUGACAACGAUCUUCAUAUUUACGACAUGAAAUCAUUGGACAAACUUAAAACAAUCAAAGGUUUCCGAAUGGACUUUGCCCAGAACUAUAGGAUCACAGCUACCGGUAACUUCCUUUACUUUCCUGGGGAGGUCGAUGUUGUUGUUUGGAACCUCAAAAAAGAGCAGCGGUCAGCUAUUCUUCCACAUCCAGUUCCGUUGCGUAACGUCAUUUGUUGGGGAUGGAAAACCAUGGUAACAGCGACAGACGACACGACAGUUCGAGUGUGGGAUCUAGAGAGGAAGGAGAAAGAGACCAAAAACCAAAGUUUGGUUCUCGGUCACAUCAUACGAUACUUUGUUCCUAUGAACAACCCACGUUAUGCUGUUGUCAUGGCACAGACAGACAGAACGGACACUGAGAGUGUCUGUCUGCAGGUUUAUGAUAUCCAAGCAAAGAAAGUCGUCCGUGAGGGAACGCCGAACGCACCUCCAGGUGUGAUUAAGGUCCUUAACGACAAACGUAUUGCCGUAGUAACAAGUUCCAGAAAAAUCAAGACAAUCAGCCUGGACACGAUGACCGUAGAUAAAGUGUUUGAUGGCGACGUGUCACCCUACACUGUGGACAUCCAUGUCAAAUCUGACGGAUCAGAAAUCUUAACUCACACAAGAGGAAGGCAGCGAUUUAAAUUGUAUAACGCCUCUACGGGAGAGAUAAAAGCAAUUAUCGAAAGACCAGCCGACGUCAAAAGAGAUAAGAAGAGUCCAUUUGAGGAAACAUUUUACGUCAACAGAGAUUGGACAGUGCUGGUCGGACGAAUAUCUGGAGGACCGUGGCUCGUGUUUGAUGUUCCAACAUUACAGUGUCUUAAAACAAUCUCUCUCAAAGAGUACAAUUAUAGCGAUAUGGACAUAGAGAAGGCAGUUCUCUCUGACGACGGACACACGUUUGCAUUUGGAGUGAAUUCCUAUAUUGAAAGUCCUGGAUCGACCAAAGAAAAAUACAAAUUAGCAUCAUUUGUCAUUUGGAACGUGAAUGAAAAAAAGCGGAUAACCCUCUGCGAGGACAGUGAGUACCAGCAACAAUACUUUGAAGUGGCAAACAGGAAGGGAGUGGAUGUGUCGGUUGACGAAAUGCACGUGCUGGACGCAGGCAGGCUCCUUACAGUACACGAUGAUUUCAUCCUCAGAGUGUGGGACAGAAAAACAGGAGAACUAUUAAAGCGAUUGGAAGGACACCAUAGUGCUGUGCAAGUGUUUCUGAGGGAGGACGGUCCGUAUUUCUUUUCAUAUGCAACAUACGAAGAGGAAAAUGCUAUUCGAGUUUGGGAUAAAUCUACAUUAGACUGUUUAGCGAGCUACAAACUAGAUAAUACGGUGGUAUCGACAAGAAUGUGUGAAGAUGGCAAGCAGUUCAUAACAUCCACCAGAAGUCCGAAUGCUCGCCUUGUCCACUGGAGAGUAGAAGGGGUGGAUAACUCAACUAGCCUUGCUUCCUGCCCUAUGCUGUUUAAAGGAUCGGUUUCCAAUUCAUCCCUGGCCCUUGAAGUUGAAGACGACUACUUGAUUAAUGAAAAUGAUUUGGACACUGAUGAAGAAGAAAGUGAUGACGACAAUUGAGUUCACCACGUGAUGAGAUGAUCGUUAUGGUCGCUACAAAAUAUACAUACAAUCGUAUGAUGGAGGACAUGGUGCCCUCCGUAGAAUAUCUUCGUUGUUUGCCCGUAAUGGAGAGACUUGGUAUUAGGUGGUGAAUCCCAGUGAUACGAAUGUGGGAUAUGUGUGAUGCUGGACAUCACUUUGUACUGUCUCCCUAAAACCAGUAUUGAUAACAGUUCAGUUACUAUGAAAUGACUCUCGGGUGAAAUGGAAUCGCUCCACGUGAUCUUCUUUAGUAUGAAUAUGUAUUUAUAUCUUUGUAUAACAAUUGUUGAACAAGUUAUAUCAGCUAAUAUGAAUGAUUAUUGUUUGAAGUAUGGUAGCACAAAUCCGAUGUUGAUAUUGGAGGAGACUGGAGUAUCCGGAAAAAUGUUCAACUGACUUCAAUAAUUACAUAUAGGAAUGCUUUGCCUUUACAUGCAUCUACCCGAAUGCAAUCGAACAAUUAACAGCAGUAACAUUGAAAGGUGUCCUUAGCUGUGACUAUUAGUAAUCAUACAAUGUAUAUUCCGCUAUUGUGUUCGGUACAUGCACGAAAGAAUGUAAUGAAAUGCAAUGCGGUCCCAGGAUGGCGGCUAUAUAUCUCUACAAAAUAUGCCCUUAAAAUUUUACGAGUUCAUCAGAUUUGUGCCGGCACAACUGAUACUAACGGAGUAACGAGCAAUUAACAGUGUAAAAUGAAUAGAUUCAUGAAGUCAUUCCAUGUGGAUGUUUGUUCCAAUAGCGACUAUCCUUUGUUCUAUUGUAAUGUGAUCCAGUCAAAGAGUUAUACUAGAAAUAAAACUAUAGUGGCAUUCUUCAGUGCAGCAUGUCAUAAAUUGUAUGUUACUGAUAAAUAAUCAUUUUGAAAAUUUAAAUACUCAUGGUCACACAUUCUCCAUAUAGAUGUAUAUUUGUAUAUACCGGUAUAAAGCGUAGAUAAUGAUAAUAAACUGUAUUCCAAGUCUCACAUGACACGGCGCAUGUGUUGAAGGUGGUCUUGGUAAGUAGUUAUUGAUAUUUCCGAUAGAAUAUCUUGUGAUUGGGACAGAGUCACGUCCUCAGGAAGCAAUUACCUUUUUUCGUUCAUACUACAUGCAUUUUAUUUACGCAAGGUCAAGUUAUUCGAAUAAUGAUCAAGUUGAUGUCAACUCACAAAAAAACUCAAAACGUCCCAUAUGUUGUUUUUCCCAAAUGUCCAAAAUGUGAUGCUUAACAUAUCGUGUAGUUAUAAAGUAUGCGUGACAGCUUAAUAAUCUUACCACUAGAGUUGAUAUUCCUCUGUCCCCUUCCAAAGGGGUAAAUUAUGGUUCUGUUACAUUGGUUUACCUCAUAUUAUCUACCAUUGGUGAUGCAUGUAGCAAAAUGUUGACGUGAUCGAAUCGUCGACAUGACGUUAUUGUACAUUUGCACGUGUUACCUGUGAUAUCCGAGGGAAUGACAGGGAAAUCUUAAACAGGUAAAACAUUUGACUAAUCUAUCAAUGAAAGGAGAUUAUCAUACCAUGUGCUAGUAUUUAUGUAUUGAACAUAUUUAUUGAAUAUUGACUGCUGUUAACUCGCAUUUGUGAUAAGCCGAGUGUUUCCUGUCAGUAUAUACAAUACUUGAUUGGCCGAGUGUUUCUUGUCAGUAUAUACGAUACUUGAUUGGCCGAGUGUUUCUUGUCAGUAUAUACAAUACUUGAUUAGCCUAGUGCUUCUUAUCAGUAAAAAUAGUAUUGCAUAUUACAUCUCUAUAUGAUUAGUUGUUGAUAAAUGAAAUUAUUUGUGUACAAAGUAAUAAAAAAUCACAAUUUAUUCUGUAACACCCACCUCGCUGUGGCGAAUAAUAUUAGAAGUAUAUCCGUCCUUAUAAUUGGUCAGUACCACUUAGUAACAUCUGGUUCCAUGUAAUGAUUACUGAUCGAUGGUAUUUGUUUCUUCAUUACGAGACUAGCGUUGAUGCCAUAUGGUGUUAGAAUAUUUUUCAUUGUUUCAAGUUGCUUACUCUUUUAUAAACGAAAACUAAAGAGUCACAAUGCUGAUCGUGCAUACCAUUUCGCUUUAUGCAUAAUAAAGAUCUGGAAACUAGUAGAUGUGAUUCAGAUGUUAAGUACACGCAAAGGAUACCAUGUCCGUUAUGUUACUGAGACAUUUAGAAACAAGAUCUAUAUAUGUACGUGUAACCUUGAAAAUAUUUAAAUUGUCUUUAUACAACACACGUUGCCUUUUCAAUGUCAUACUCAUCACUGAUACUAGAAAUCACUUGUGUAUACUACAUGUACUACUCUUCUCUAUGAUACAGCAUUUCACCCAUAUAAUGUAGAUGUUUAGAUAUGGUAAAUUCCACUAGAUUGCACCUUUAUCAAAAUAAAGUAAACUUUCCGUACAUAUGUGUACAAACAUACUAUUUAUUUAUUUUAUAGUAAUAUAUUAUUUUUUUUUACAAUCGUUUUUGUAACCGAUAAAAAGGGAAAAUAAAAUAUUUUUUCAGUCGU